GUGUGAUUCCCUAAACUUACUGAAUCUCUUAUCAUAUCUCUUUAGGUUCAGCUUUCAGCAUCAGCAUGUAACGAUGUAAUGUAAAGUAAUAACUGAAACUCAUAUACCGAGAGUACAUGUGUGAUGAUCUGUUGUUGUGGGUGUCAGUCUAAUGAAUGUUAAGAAAAACUGUAGCUCUAACAUGAAAAUGAGCUGAGCUUGAUUAAAUCUGACACAUUGAAAUAACAGCUGGAGCCUCCUGACUUGUACACCUUAUUGUUCACUAGAUACUGGAAGACUGACUCCUGAAACUGAUGUAAAGCUGAUGGUUUCCCCAGAGAAGACUGCAAACAAGUACUAACAAAUGAUCUUUGUUCAGUGAAGAAGAAAGCCAAGGCUGAUAAAACUAAAACCCUGGACAAGUUUUUUAGGAGGAGGGGAGAAUGGAGAACAUCUCCUCGCACAAAUAUUUCAUUCUUGACGGCUUCGACAAACUCGGAGCACUGAGGCCCGUCCUGUUCAUCCCGUUCUCCAUCAUGUUUGUUGUAUCGCUGUCAGCAAACUCCCUGCUGAUGUACGUCGUCAUUUCACAGAGAAGCCUCCACUCACCGAUGUACAUCCUCAUCGCCUGCAUGGCAUGUGUGGACCUGAGCCUCCCGCUGUUCAUAGUCCCCAACAUGCUGCUGAGCUUCUUGUUUGACUGGAGGGGAAUCUCUCUGAGCGGCUGCCUGGUUCAGAUUUACUUUGUUCACCUGUUUGGAGCUUUCCAGUCUUCUCUGCUGCUGUGGAUGUCACUGGACCGCUACUUUGCCAUCUGCACGCCACUUUACUACCAUGAACACAUGGCGUUACCGAGAGUCCUCAAAUUUGUGAUCCCAUUUGUGAUCAGAAAUGUAGUCAUGGUUUCGCUGGUAGUGGCACUGGCAGGAUCAUUACCAUUCUGCUUCAAAAACACGAUAGACCACUGUUUCUGUGAGCACAUGGCCUUGGUGGAGCUGGCCUGUGGAAGUACCGCCAUCAACAGUCUGGUGGGGUUGAUCUCGGUUUUCCUCAUCCCAGUAGCUGACUUCAUCACUAUCACUGCCUCCUACAUAGUCAUAUUCAGCUCUGUGCUGAGUUCUGGCAAGUCAGGUGUCAAAGCGCUCCACACCUGCGUCACCCACAUCGUGGUCAUACUUGUCAGCCUGACCAUCGUACUCACAGCUUUCCUGUCGUAUCGGAUCAGGAACAGUCUCCCUGCAGCCAUUCGGGUUUUCUUCAGCAUCAUGUACUUGUUCUUUCCGAGCUGUUUCAACCCGAUCAUUUACGGCAUCAGAACCACAGAGAUACGACAGCACAUCCUGAAGAUACUGACGUGUUGUCGUUUUUCCAGACUUUGAAUUAUUCUUAAGAAACUGUCUUUGUAAAGUUUCUGAGAUGUAAAAUGUCUAUCCUAUGGAAGCCCUCUUUCCGCCAGGAAAAGAAAAAAAUAGAUGAAAAGUUAGGAAUGACAACAAUUAAAAUACUCAUGGUUAGUAAACAUUAUAUAUAUUAAAUUAACAUUUUGACUUUUUAAGACAAAAUUACAAGAUCAAAAUUCUAAAUUCUGAACUUGUCACAUACUUAGAUUAGAUAGUAAAUCAAAAUUAUGAGAUAGAUCAAAAUUGGUAAUUGACUUAGUAAGACACAAUUAAGUAAAUUGUGAUUCAAACUUAUGAGACAUUAAGUAAAAAUUUUAAGACAAUAUGUCAAAAUGUUAACAUAUUAACUUAAAAGUAAUCAAACAUUUGAUUUUUAAAUCUUUUUAAGUCAAAUUAAUCGGAUAGAUGAUAAGUCAAAAUUAUGAGAUACUAAGUCAAAGUUUUGACUUUGUAAUUGAAAAUUAUGAGAUGAGUCAAAAUUAUAAAAUUAUGUGAGUGUAAAGGCUUUAAUUUAUGAAAUAGUAAGCGAGCAUUAGAAGAGUUAAUCAAAAUGUUGACCAUCUAAGUCAAAAUUAAGUCAUACAUUUGAGAUUAAAUCAAAUUUAUAAGUCAAAAUUGUGAUUCAUAUAUUUUACAACAUUAAUGCUGAUAUGCAAGCUAUAACAAUAUUGUAUAAUAUUUUAUGUCACAGAAAUCCAUCCACCCAACUGGGUGGUGGAUUCAAACCCAUGACCUUUGUGUUGUGAGCCGACUGUGACCACUUCACCAAAUAUGAAUUUUCUUGUAUGUGCAUGUAUUUAAAAUUGUAUGCUGGCUUCGUAAUUUAGAUUUAAAUUAAUAAAUUGAUGUAAUGAAUGUGAUUACUUUUGCACACUUUAUAUUUAAAUCCUUAUGCUUCAUAAAAAAAAAUAUUUCCUUCACCUCUGUUACAAAAAACUUAGAUAAUAAAACAUUUUAUUUUCAAAUAUGUUCUAAAUCAAACUAUGUAUUAUGUUUCAAUAUCCCUGUGGGCUCGAUACUGUGUUUUUGUAAUUCAUAUUGUACAUAUCUUUAUUAAAUAAUGUAUAGCCAUAUUUCCAUAACACAUAUAAAACUCAUAUAAAAUAUAUUUUCUGGGUUGAAUAGGUAUUUAUAGCUAUAUUUUGCACAGUACAUGUAAAUGUUCAAUUGACGUGUUAGAAAUACUCGUAAAGUGUACAAAUGCUUUCAUAAAUAUUAUUAUAUAUGUACAGUUUAUGUAUAAAACAAAUACUUCUGAUACAAAUUAGCACAUAGUUUGUAAUAUAUAUCAAAAACAGAUAUUUGAUCAAAAUGUCUAUGUAUAGGUAUUUUUCCAUAUAUGUAAGCAUAUAGUCCAUUUUUUUAAUAGACAGUGGUGUGAAAAAGUA